AGACCAGAUGAAGUAUAACAUUUAUGAUAAAAUAAUUAUUAACUUCCGGUUAGUUAAACACGAAACCGGUCCGUCCAAUAUUGCCUUCCCCUGUCGGCUUUAGCGUGAAACACCGACGGAACUGAAACCACUCCCGAGUAAUCCGAAACGUGAACACAUGUUUACAGAAAACCCCUUAUAGAAAUACUAUGUGGGUAAGUAUCGUCCUUCAGCGUGAAGUAAAGAAAAAAUAAAGUAACAAGUUCGACAUGGACACAGAGGACGGUAAAGCUCUUUUUUGUGAGACUGACGGACACAUUGAAAAGUGGAUGGGCCGCGCUUUUGACAUGGCUAACGAUGCCCUGAGCAAUGGAGAAGUUCCAGUUGGAUGUUUGAUGGUCUACAAGGAUGAGGUGGUGGGGAGGGGAAGGAACGAGGUCAACGAGACCAAAAACGCAACUCGCCAUGCAGAAAUGGUGGCCUUGGACCAGGUCCUGAACUGGUGUGGUCAUAACAAUCUGGACGUGAGAAGCGUGUGUGAACAGACGGUGUUGUAUGUCACCGUGGAGCCGUGCAUCAUGUGUGCUGCUGCUCUACGUCUCACGAACAUUCCCGUGGUGGUUUACGGCUGCAAGAAUGAGCGCUUUGGUGGCUGUGGAUCAGUCCUGGAUAUCUCUUCUGCAAACCUGCCUCAAACCGGAACAUCCUUCAAGUGUGUCUCAGGCCACAGAGCAGAAGAAGCUGUGGAGAUGUUAAAGAUGUUCUAUAAGCAAGAGAACCCAAAUGGUGACAGCAGAGCCUUUAUCUCUCCAUACUUUUACACAUAGAGUGGACCAUCUAAAGUCGAACGGGUUCACCAUAAUUUUUAGGUAAUGUGUAGGGAUGUCCGAUAAUGGCUUUUUGCCGAUAUCCGGUAUUGUCCAACUCUUUAAUUACUGAUACCGAUAUCAACCGAUAUAUGCAGUCGUGGAAUUAACACGUUAUUAUGCCUAAUUUGGACAACCAGGUAUGGUGAAGAUAAGGUACUUUUUUAAAAAAUUAGUAAAAUAAGAUAAAUAAAUUAAAAACAUUUUCUUGAAUAAAAAAGAAAGUACAACAAUAUAAAAACAGUUACAUAGAAACUAGUAAUGAAUGAAAAUUAGUAAAAUUAACUGUUAAAGGUUAGUACUAUUAGUGGACCAGCAGCACGCACAAUCAUGUGUGCUUACGGACUGUAUCCCUUGUAGACUGUAUUGAUAUAUAUUGAUAUAUAAUGUAGGAACCAGAAUAUUAAUAACAGAAAGAAACAACCCUUUUGUGUGAAUGAGUGUAAAUGGGGGAGGGAGGUUUUUUGGGUUGGUGCACUAAUUGUAAGUGUAUCUUGUGUUUUUUAUGUUGAUUUAAUAAAAAAACCACAAAAAAAACCCCGAUACCGAUAAUAAAAAAAACGAUACCGAUAAUUUCCGAUAUUACAUUUUAACGCAUAUAUCGGCCGAUAAUAUCGGCCUGCCGACAUCCCUAGUA